AUGGUUGCACACCCGCAAACGCUUCGAGACCGGCAAGUAGCGUCUCUGGGCAAGAUACUUAACCUCAACCAUCUGCCCUUCUCUACGUCUACCAAUGGCCAUGAUCCAGCUGCCGCCAAUGGCCUCAUUCCUCAGUCAACUCCUGUUCUGAAUUCUGACGGAGAUCCUAUAUGGAAAGUCCUCGUGUUUGACGACCUAGGCCGAGAUAUAAUAAGCAGUGUUCUCAGGGUGAAUGACCUACGGGGAUUUGGCGUUACAAUACAUCUAAACAUCAAUGCACAGCGUCAUCCUAUACCCGAUGUUCCAGUCCUUUAUCUCCUCGAGCCUACUACGGCCAAUCUCAAUAACAUUAAUUCCGAUCUUGCCAAAAGUCUGUAUGCAGAUGCAUACAUCAACUUUCUUUCUUCGAUACCCAGGCCAUUGAUGGAAGAUUUCGCAUCACAAAUCGCAGAAUCAGGCACAGCUGAAAGCGUGUGUCAAAUGUAUGACCAGUACCUGAACUUCAUCGUGAGCGAGCCAGAUUUGUUUAGCUUAGGAAUGGGGAAAGAUACAUACUGGGCUUUGAAUAGUCCAAAGGCUACAGAUGAGGAGAUAGACGUGCUAGUAGACAAAACCGUCAGCGGUCUAUUCAGCGUCGUGGUCACUAUGGGCUCCAUACCAAUUAUUCGAAGUCCUCGAGGCGGUCCAGCAGAGAUGAUAGCUGCAAAACUAGACCGCAAGCUCAGAGAUCAUGUUCUGAACUCUAAAGACAACUUGUUUUCCAACCAGGGACAAAGAUCAUCAUCAGCUACAAACACCUCGUCCUCAAGGCCAGUACUCGUCGUUGUAGACCGCAACGUUGACCUCAUACCCAUGCUCUCGCAUUCCUGGACGUACCAAUCUCUUGUCCACGACGUCUUGAAGAUGCAUCUUAACCGAAUCACCGUGGAGACUCUGAUCGAUGCGGAGGAUCCAAGCAAGGGCAAGACGAGAAGGGCAUAUGACCUGAAUUCUAACGACUUUUUUUGGACUCGAAAUGCUGGGAUCCCAUUCCCACAAGUUGCCGAGGACAUCGAUACAGAGCUUACAAAAUACAAAGACGAUGCAGCCGAGGUGACACGGAAAACUGGUGUUUCUUCUAUUGAUGAUCUGAACGAGACAGGUUCAUCAGCAUCCCACCUCAAAGCUGUGAUCACUCUACUCCCUGAAUUGCGCGAGCGAAAGGCCAUCCUGGACAUGCACAUGAAUAUCGCGACUGCACUACUUGAGGGAAUCAAGUCCAGGCAACUAGAUAAUUUCUUCCAGAUUGAAGAAAAUAUCACCAAACAAACAAAAGCCCAAAUGCUUGAACUUCUGAACGAUGCCGAAAAAGGCAGAGAACCCCUCGACAAACUACGUCUGUUCAUCAUAUGGUUCUUAAGCACCGAACAGGACAUUUCUCGUGCCGAAAUGGACCGUUUCGAGGAAGCUCUCACACGUGCAGGCGCCGACAUUACUGCCCUCACAUAUGUCAAGAGAGUCCGCGACGAAACCCGCAUGACUAUGAUGACCUCAGCUCCCACUCAACCCACACAACCUGCUUCAGACUCCAACAUCUUCCGUGGGUUUUCUUCCAUUUCCAAUAGGCUGACUGACCGCCUUGGCGCUGGAGCCCUGGGCACUAAUUUCGAGAACCUGAUAUCGGGAGUCAAGAACUUCCUCCCAGCAAAUAAAGACAUCACCAUCACCAAGAUCGUUGAGUCUCUGAUGGACCCUGCUUCCGCUUCUUCGUCCGCCAUCGCCAAGACUGAAGACUAUCUCUAUUUCGACCCUCGCUCUGCCAAUGCACGAGGCACCAUGCCCGGCGCGCCUUCGUCUAGGCAAGGCCAACAAAACGGACCGGGUAAUUCUGGUCCUGGCUCAAACGCGACUUUUGGGCAACGAAGACAAGGCUUUAGUGAGGCAAUAGUUUUCACCGUUGGUGGUGGGAGCAUGGACGAGUAUGGAAAUCUGCAGGAUUGGGCACACAGGACAAGUGCUGCGCAAGGGGCUGGAGGUCCAAAGAGAAGAAUAGUGUAUGGAAGCACAGAGAUCGUCAACGCAGAAGACUUCAUUGGCGUGGCGGCGAGACUAGGCACGGAAAGCGGAUAG